AAAAAUUGAUGAAAUUGUAACAAUAGUUGAAAAAAGUUUGAACUUUGAUUUCUAAAAUAUCCCUAAAAAUUAUAUUUUUUCUUAAAAAUACCAUCUUGAAAUGAGACUCCUUUACAAUGUAAUGCACUAAUAUUACUUCCCGCCAAAUCGGAGCAAAGAAAGAAAGGAAGAAAGUCAAUGGCUUUGAGACCCAAAACCCUAAGGGAUUUCCUCUCUCCACACCCACAACCAGAGUCACACCCACCACCAAAGCGCUUAAGGGCUUCCUCAUCGGGCUCCGAUGGGGAUUCCGACGUCCUCUCCGCCGAACAGAAGUCGCGCAUGGAGUUUCAAAAACUGGUGGCCAAUGCCAAACGCAACCUCAAAGUGUGUUCCGAGAGAGUGAAAGAAGCUUCUGGUAAGCUCCCAUUGGACUUGGAGGAGCUUUUGGUUGAGAAGUCGUGGCUGGAAGCUCUCCCUGGUGAACUCCACAAGCCCUAUGCCACCACCCUUUCCAACUAUCUCCAAGCCGAGACACGCGCCGCCACUGUACCCAUAUAUCCACCUCCGCAUUUGAUCUUCAAUGCUCUGAAUUCCACCCCUUUUGACACUCUCAAGGCUGUUAUCCUCGGCCAGGAUCCGUAUCAUGGCCCCGGUCAAGCCAUGGGUCUUUCUUUCUCAGUCCCGGAAGGGGUUAAGAUACCUUCCAGUCUCAACAACAUUUUUAAGGAGCUUAAGCAGGAUCUGGGCUGUUCUAUUCCUUCUCAUGGAAAUCUUGAAAAAUGGGCUGUUCAGGGUGUGCUUUUACUCAAUGCUGUUCUCACUGUAAGGAAUCAUCAGGCUAACUCGCAUGCAAAGAAAGGGUGGGAGCAAUUUACUGAUGCUGUUAUUAAAACAGUCUCACAAAAAAAGGAAGGAGUUGUCUUUCUUCUUUGGGGAAACUCUGCUCAAGAGAAACGCAGGUUAAUUGAUGAGUCUAAGCAUCACAUUCUGAAAGCAGCACACCCUUCUGGUUUGUCUGCAAACAGAGGCUUCUUUGGUUGCAAGCAUUUUUCUCGCACUAACCAACUGCUGGAGAAGAUGGGAAUUGACACCAUAGAUUGGCAGCUUUGAUAUAAUAGAACAGCAAAGCUAGCUGCUUUUGAUGAAGUGUUGCUCGGCAUAUCCAGCUCAGGCUCUCCUUCAUAUGUAUAGUUUUGACUUUUGACAGAAGAAAGAAUAUGGCAAAACCCUUUUGUAUUCAGAUUGCCUGAUUAGAUUACUAAUGCUCUAUUUUGCUCCAACAGUACUCUCCUAUUUGAAAACGAAUGAUUUGAUCAUCAGUUUUUAGUCAUACAAGAGAACCAUAUGAAAUGUUGGUAUGUAUCUUAUUUGAAAAAAGAAAAAAAAUGGUAUUUGUAAUCAAAUUUGAAGAUGAAGUUCUUCCAUUGUUCACUUGUA